AUGGCUUCUGCGGCGACAGAGGGAGAGAAGGGGUCUCCUGUGGUGGUGGGGCUGCUGGUCGUGGGUAACAUCAUUAUUCUGCUGUCAGGCCUGGCCCUGUUCGCGGAGACAGUGUGGGUAACGGCGGACCAGUACCGCGUGUACCCACUGAUGGGCGUCUCAGGCAAGGAUGACGUCUUCGCUGGCGCCUGGAUCGCCAUCUUCUGCGGCUUCUCCUUCUUCGUGGUGGCCAGCUUUGGUGUAGGAGCUGCGCUCUGCCGGCGCCGGUACAUGAUCCUCACGUACCUGCUGCUGAUGCUCAUUGUCUACAUAUUCGAGUGUGCCUCCUGCAUCACCUCCUACACCCACCGCGACUACAUGGUGUCCAACCCUUCCCUGAUAACCAAGCAAAUGUUGACCUACUACAGUGCAGACACCGACCAGGGCCAGGAGCUAACCCGCCUCUGGGACCGGAUCAUGAUUGAGCAAGAGUGUUGUGGCACAUCUGGCCCCAUGGACUGGGUGAACUACACAUCAGCCUUCCGGGCAGCCACCCCGGAAGUGGUGUUCCCAUGGCCCCCACUGUGCUGUCGUCGGACAGGGAACUUCAUCCCCAUCAAUGAAGAUGGCUGCCGAGUAGGCCACAUGGACUACCUGUUUACCAAGGGCUGCUUCGAGCACAUCGGCCAUGCCAUUGACAGCUACACGUGGGGCAUAUCGUGGUUUGGCUUUGCCAUCUUGAUGUGGACACUCCCUGUGAUGCUGAUAGCCAUGUAUUUCUACACCACGCUCUGAGGAGGAAGGGAAGACGGGAGAUGCACCGCUGCCCGGAGCUCCUGCCUUUGCAGCACUGGGACAUCCUCAACCUCCUCCCCACCCGACCUCCCUCCGUGUUCCUCAGCUGCAACCCAGCCGGUCCACCUCCCUCCGGUCUCCCUUCUUGCAAUCCCAGCAUCCCUUUCUAGAUGUAGGAGCUGCCCUGGACCCUCCCUGUGCCCCUGGCCCUGGAUUUGUGUGCCCCGGCCCUCUUGACCUUGCUUCACUUGGCUGAUCUACUGACAGCAUAUCCUGUCCGCAGAGGCCCUUCCUGGCGGCUGACAGCCCAUCAUGCCCUUCUCUCUGGCUUCCAGAACUUCUUGUAGGCAUAGCCGCUGUUGCUCGGUGGUUUGUAUAAGCGCUUAGACUGCUAUAAGCACAUUCUGCUGUGGUCAUUGUGGGGGUCCCCACCAGCACCCCAACAUGUGUCUGAGCAUGGACCAGGGAUAUCCAAUAAAUACUGGCUGACUGAAUGAGAA